AUGGCACCCGCUGCACCACCUCUGCCCACAAGGUUCCCAUGUUGGUGUAGAGCUGUAUACUCCUGGGGAGGAGAGUCGAAACGAGAUCUGGGAUUCAUCGAGGGAGAUCUGAUAGAAUGUUUGAAUGCUGGUGAUGGUUCGUGGUGGGUAGGCAGACUAUACCGAGAUCGACGGACCGUGGGAUCAUUCCCUUCCAACUUUGUCGAGCUUCUCCCUUCUCAAUUCCGUCCAACAACCAAAUCUGUUCCGGCUCCUGUACCAAACGCACCGCCAAGUACUGCACCGACAAAAUCCAGGACGUUUCGAAAGCCAUUCGAAGCAUACGCCAAGGCUCCUCACUACACCAGUGCGAAACAACCCGAGAUCUUCAAAGAGACCCCGAAACCCAAGGAACGACAAAACUCUGGCGCUUCAUUCGCUCCUAGUACUCAUGAAACGGAACGAGGCCCAUCGCCUGCACCUCCUCAGUCAUAUAACCAACGAGGACCUUCACCUGCACCACCUCAAGCGCACGAUUUCCGGGCUCCUUCGCCAGCACCUUCACCGGCGCCUUCUCACCACUAUGGCUCACGGGCUCCAUCUCCAGCUCCCAUGCACAAUUACCACUCGAGGGCUCCUUCACCUGCGCCCAUGCAAAGUUACCACCAUUCAAGAGCUUCAUCGCCAGCUCCUCCUCAUGCUUACGAUGCAAGGGGGCCUUCUCCUGCUCCUCCGAUGCACCAAAGCUAUGGCUAUUCUUCAAGAGGUCCAUCUCCUGCGCCAUCUUUCCAUCGUCAAAUAGUCCCUUAUCGAGGAGGACAGGAUAGAGGUAACUCACCGCCUCCCCCACCACCACCUCCUCACCGGCAAAUGACGAGAGGAGGAUCCAACGACCUGCAUAGGAGAUCUAUUGAUAUCUCUCGUCAUGGAUCCAAUGCCUCUUUCCAACCCUUCUCACCCUCGAGGCAAAAUUCAAAUAAUUCCUACCGGCCGCCACAGCCACCACAACCAACAAUUAGACAUGGCUCUCGAGGAUCUUUCGAUGAUAGGUCAUAUAUGCCAUAUACCCCUGGCAGGAACUCCCCCGUUCCGCCAUCACCCGCCGGAGGUAUGACCCCUUCUCCAUUGAGAGAGGCCAUGGAUGGGGUCAUGGAGCAAUUGGACGUACUAGGCGGUGGCCUUGGAAGACCUGGCCAAGCUCCUUCACCUGAGCCACCUGCCGAUCCUUGGUCUCCGGAAUCCUUUGAUAUGCUGUCUCAUCGUUCAACUAGAAGGGACCAGGAGCGGAGCAGGCCUAAAACCUCGAUGGGAAUCGCGCAAGAUGAGGGGUAUGAAACAUAUAGCGGUGAAUCGUCUCAAGAGGUGUCUUAUCAGAGUAGAGGCAGAGAAGACAAGCUUAGCAGUUAUGUUGAUCGCAUGGAAAAGCGUUUUCAGCAAAUGCAUCGUCAGAAUUCAAGGACUAGCGAGCCUGAUGACGACCAGCCACCUCCUCCGCCCCCUAAGAAUGUGCCAUACGAGCGGCCAAAAUCGUCCAUGGGCCGGUCCAUUGAGCCUGAACGAAAGCUGAGAGCUCGCAAGUCGGCAUAUGAGAUCGGAAGAGGAGUUGCCCGCACAUUAACAACAAAAACCAACUCGACCAAUUCAUCAUCGGGCAAUCAGAGCAACACCAGCUCUUCAACACAGAGCACUUCAAGGACCUUGUGGAGCGGGACAUCAGCCGGCGCUUUCAGUACUACUAGUGCGGGAAGCCUCGCGCGCUCAGGCAAGCGUCAACGUGCACAAAGCGCUUUGGGAGCACGAGACUUGGAGAUUGAUAGACCGGACUCUCCUUUCACAGGAGUCACCUAUCACAGCAGCCAUGCAAGUGACUCUCCAGCGCAACAGCGUCCCCAGACCCAAGUCGGCUUCCACGAUGAUCCUUCUCUGGAAUUGGGAGGCUUAGUGCAACCGAAACCGCCCAAGAGGAACAUCUUCCGCAAGAUAUUUGAUACUGCUAAAACAGGUGUUGCGAGCAGCCGUGGCGGUCUUGUUGCUGGUGGUCUUGGCAUGGACUCGCCAAAAUCACCCUUUGCUCGUUCAAUGCCAGCUGGAGCUUCGCCUAUGCCAGGUAUGGGUAGCACGCCUAUCAACAGAGACGUUGCGACAGAAAUGGGCUUGAGUGGCGGUGUUGAUUGGGUUCAGGUCCGACGUGAUGUGAAUCGUUCCAAUUCGCUCAGUACAAUAGAGUUGACUGAGCGCCGCGAGCGAUGUCAGAUGAUGGAUCACCCUGCCCUUAACCCUGUCGACGAGCUCUAUGAGGGCGUUGAAGGAGAUGAGGGGGCUGACGGAGAGCCAGUCCAGGAACCCACAAACUACCAAGCGAUCAACUUGUCUCAAGUCGAUAAGAACUCCCGGUUCAUCAGCGGUCUUCCUCCUGCCAUAACAGCUAUCCAACUUGCCACUACAUACGUAUGCCGACCCUACAGGAGCGAGGUCCAGCGGCUGCGAGCUAUCUUUACGUGGGUCUCCGAGAAGAUCUGCUGGGAAGAGGACUUUGAGGGUGAAAUCGACACAACACGGGUGAUCCAGGCGAAAAGAGCGUGCGCUGAGGAGUAUGCUGUCCUAGUGAUGGAGAUGUGUUCUGCUAUCGGUAUCCACUGUGAGAUCGUUCGAGGCUACCUCAAGUCUCCAGGGGAAGUUUCCGAAAUCAACAUCAUGCCCCGACCCAACCAUUGGUGGAAUGCCGUUGUCGUUGACAAUGAGUGGCGCAUGAUUGACUGCUGUCUUGCCAGCCCCUCGUAUCCUCGGCGAGGUUUAUACUCCAAUGCCAAUAACACAGCCGAUCCGUGGUGGUUCUUGACCAGGCCACUGGAGAUUUGCUGGACACAUAUCCCAGAGCAUCACAGUCAGCAGCACAUCGUACCACCUGUGGCACACGAAACACUGCUCAAUCUGCCAUGCGCUUGUGCGCCCUUCUUCCGCAAUGGUUUCGAGAUGGUGGACUACAAUACUGCAUUAACUCGAAUCGAAGAUCUGGAAAUGGUUCAUAUCAAAUUUAGUGUUCCAUGUGACGUGGAGAUUGCCGCCGAGGUCGAAGUUCGAGGUUAUUCGAGAGAUUCAGAUGGAGAUGUGUUUGAAAGCGGCGAAAUUGUCAAGAAGAGGGCACUUGCGCAAGCUGAAUGGUUCAAUGGCAUCAAACGAUACACUGUCAAAGCACUACUGCCUGGAGAUGAAGGACAGGGUACCUUGAAGAUCUAUGCUGGCAAGCGAGGCCUUAUGCACAGCAUCAAGGAUAUUCCACAUCCCCUCGCCUUUGCAUUGCCUAUCGUCCACACAGGUGAAAACCCACCUUAUGAGUUUGUCACAAGGCAUCCCACUCCUCACGCACAGCGGCAUGAUAUCUAUGUGGUUCAGCCGCAGUGCCAAAGGCUUGCACUUAACAAUACUUUUGUCUUUGCCAUCAGACAGCACCCAAGUUCGCUGGGUGGAUCGGCACUUACACCGUCAUCUAAUCCAGGCGGCACCAGCCCCAUACCGUUCGCCCGCCCCAGUUCAGCGUUGAGCAUGAAUGCGUCUAGUGUUAGCGGCUCGACCCCAAGCUCUGCUACGGGCACUGUGGCUGGGAAGAAGCCUGCCAAGUUGGCGAUCCAGACUCCAGGGGGCAAGAUCCUCCGUCUUAUGAGGAAGGAGGAUCGUAAGGGUAUUCACGUUGGAGGCCGAAGUCUCUCAGGUAGCGAAACUGCUAGUGAUGGUGGAACCUGGGAGACAAUAAUCAAAUGUUCAGAGAAGGGCGUAUGGCGAGGCCUUGUACUCGCAGAUCGCACGGCUCGAUGGUGUGUCUUUGCUGAAUGGGUUUGCAUGGGUUGA